AUGGUUAACGCAAAGUUUCACCAAUACCAGGUCGUCGGAAGGGGUCUUCCCACGGAAACCGAUGAGCACCCUAAGAUUUACCGCAUGAAGCUUUGGGCCACCAAUGAGGUUCGCGCCAAAUCCAAGUUCUGGUAUUUCUUGAGGAAGUUGAAGAAGGUUAAGAAAAGUAAUGGACAAGUGCUGGCCAUCAAUGAGAUCUUUGAGAAAAAUCCCACCAAGAUAAAAAACUAUGGUAUAUGGCUGAGAUACCAAAGCCGUACUGGUUAUCAUAAUAUGUACAAGGAAUAUCGUGAUACCACUCUAAACGGCGCUGUUGAGACAAUGUACAAUGAAAUGGCAUCUCGUCACAGGGUCAGGUUUCCAUGCAUUCAAAUCAUCAAGACUGCCACCAUUCCAGCCAGUCUUUGCAAAAGGGAGAGCACUAAGCAGUUCCACAACUCUAAAAUCAAGUUCCCCUUGGUGUUCAAGAAGAUUAGGCCACCAUCCAGGAGCCUAAAAACCACCUACAAGGCUAACAGGCCCAACCUGUUUAUGUGA